AUGCCGAACGAAAUUCGCCAGGACAUCACAACCAUUGAUGAGACCUCAUUCCCCUAUGUGUUUGAGCAAAAUGCAACCAUCCAACUGAAAGAUGCAUCUGGUCUUGUACGCUGCAAUGUGUAUAGGCCAAAAGACGGUGCCGAAAGAUGGCCUGUCUUGAUGACGUAUGGCCCCUAUGGCAAAGACAUCCCAUAUCAAGAUUUCCACCCACGAUCCUUCUCGGAGGUUAAUCCAGAGCAUAAGUCUGCCCACUCAGCAUGGGAAGUGCCGGACCCUGGAUAUUGGACUUCCAAAGGCUAUGUUGUCGUAAGAGCAGAUGAACGCGGUCUUGGACAGUCCCCUGGAAAGCUUGAUACAAUGUCUCGCGGCACAAGCGACGCAUUCGUCGAUGUCGUUGAGUGGGCUGCCGAGCAGUCUUGGUCCACGGGUAGGGUUGGCCUCCUGGGCAUCAGCUAUUUCGGAGGCAGCCAGUGGAGAGUUGCUGCUCGUCAACCAAAAGGUCUUGCCUGCAUCAUUCCUUGGGAAGGCAUGUCGGACUAUUAUCGUGAUCGCUGCAGACACGGCGGUAUCCUCUCGAGCAAAUUCAUUCGCUUCUGGUGGGAUCGGCAAGUUGUAAGCAAUCAAUACGGCAAAGGUGGAAGGGCUGCUAGAAAAUGGGGCCCUGAUACCAUUGAAGGCAAUUUGAGCGAGGACGAACUGCGUGGAAAUCGUCAGGAUCAGAAUGAGGACAAUGCCAACAACCACUUCCGCGACGAUCCCUAUUAUGCUUCGAAAGAGUAUAACAUGGCCGACAUCCAUGUACCACUUCUUAGUGUCGCUAAUUGGGGCGGCAUCCACCUUCAUCUACGCGGUAACGUCGAGGGUUGGGCUGGUGCAGGCUCGGAGCUGAAGUACCUGCGCUUCAUUACCGGCCGCCACGACUUGCCUUUCUACUACAAGGAGGAAGUUGAGGUUCAACGCAGCUUCCUCGAUGCGUUCUUGAAGGGCGAAGACCGUGGUGGAUGGUCCAAUGGUACGGCCCCGAAGGUGGAUCUGGUUCUCCGAAAGGGUGACGUGGGCUUCAACAAUCCUGAAGGCGAGAAAACAUUUCCACGCCGAGUCGAGAGCGAGUGGCCACUCGCACGUACUCAAUAUACUCCAUACUAUCUCACGCCUGAUCUGACUCUCACGACUUUGCAACCAGAUGAUGUUAUAAGGUCUAAGCUCGGAUACAAGGCAUUGGGAUUCAUGGAUCAACCUCAAAUGCUCCAAUUCUCGACCGCAGCAUUCGAGCAAGAAACCGAGAUCACGGGACAUAUUACCGCACAUCUCAACGUAUCGGUCUCUCCAGAGGGCGAAACAGUACCGACUGACAUCGACCUUUUCCUCACUCUCAGGCACUUCUCCGCCGAGGGCAAAGAAAUUUUCUACACCGGCACCGGAGGCGACAAUGUACCUCUGUGUAAGGGCUGGCUCAGAGUUUCCUUCCGUAAAAUCAACAGUGAGCAUGCUAGGCACAGAUCCUAUCUGCCUUACAGAGACUACUUCUCAUCAGACGUUCUACCGGUCAUCCCUGGCGAAAUCUAUCCUGUUGAUAUCGAAGUAUGGCCUACGAAUGUCAUCUUGGAGAAGGGAGAGAGGCUUGUUCUCGACGUUGCAUCCGGCGACACUCAAGGCUGUGAGAACUUUCAGCACAACUCUCCCGUAGAUAGGCAAGUCGUCGUAUCACCCGAAAAGUUGAUGGGCCGAAAUUUCAUCCACUUCAGCUCUGAGCGCCCUAACUUCAUCACUCUGCCCAUCAUCCCACCCAAGUAG